CGGGGCCGGAGGGGCGGGACCUCGGGUGGCCCGAGGUGGCCCGGUUGCUGGGUGAGAAGCAGCGCAGUCCGAUUCAUCCCAGCCCGGGGAUGGCGUCCCCACGGGAACUGACCCAGAAUCCCCUGAAGAAGAUCUGGAUGCCAUACAGCAAUGGGAGGCCCGCCCUGCACGCCAGCCAACGUGGUGUCUGCAUGACCAACUGCCCGACACUCAUCGUCAUGGUGGGCCUGCCAGCCAGGGGCAAGACCUACAUUUCUAAGAAGCUGACCCGGUACCUCAACUGGAUUGGCGUGCCUACUCGGGAAUUCAACGUGGGUCAGUAUCGCCGGAACAUGGUCAAGACAUACAAAUCUUUUGAGUUCUUCCUCCCAGACAAUGAAGAAGGCCUGAAAAUCAGGAAGCAGUGUGCCUUGGCAGCCCUCAGUGACGUCCGGAAGUUCCUCAGUGAGGAGGGGGGACACGUGGCGGUUUUUGAUGCUACCAAUACCACCCGAGAACGGAGAGCGAUGAUCUUUAACUUUGGAGAACAGAACGGCUACAAGACCUUCUUUGUUGAAUCUAUCUGUGUGGAUCCUGAGGUCAUUGCUGCCAACAUCGUGCAAGUAAAGCUGGGCAGCCCUGACUAUGUCAACCGGGACAGCGACGAAGCCACUGAGGACUUCAUGAGACGCAUUGAAUGCUAUGAAAACUCCUAUGAGACUCUGGAUGAAGAACAGGACAGGGAUCUGUCCUACAUCAAGAUCAUGGACGUGGGGCAGAGUUAUGUGGUGAACCGUGUUGCCGACCACAUCCAGAGUCGCAUCGUUUAUUACCUCAUGAACAUCCAUGUGACACCCCGCUCCAUCUACCUCUGCCGGCACGGGGAGAGUGAGCUCAACCUCAAGGGCCGGAUUGGUGGGGACCCUGGACUAUCCCCCCGGGGCCGGGAGUUUUCCAAGCACCUGGCUCAGUUCAUCAAUGACCAGAACAUCAAGGACCUGAAGGUCUGGACGAGCCAGAUGAAGAGGACGAUCCAGACAGCCGAGGCGCUGAGUGUCCCUUAUGAGCAGUGGAAGGUCCUCAACGAGAUUGACGCGGGUGUCUGUGAGGAAAUGACCUACGAAGAAAUCCAGGACCACUACCCGCUGGAGUUUGCUCUGAGGGACCAGGACAAGUACCGGUACCGCUACCCGAAGGGCGAGUCCUAUGAAGACCUGGUGCAGCGGCUGGAGCCUGUCAUCAUGGAGCUGGAGAGGCAGGAGAACGUGCUGGUCAUUUGCCACCAGGCUGUGAUGCGUUGCCUCCUGGCCUACUUCCUUGACAAGGCAGCAGAAGAGCUGCCCUACCUCAAAUGCCCCUUGCACACGGUCCUGAAGCUCACACCUGUGGCUUACGGUUGUAAAGUGGAGUCCAUAUUCCUGAAUGUGGCAGCUGUGAACACACACCGAGACAGACCUCAGAAUGUAGACAUAUCCAGGCCUUCAGAGGAAGCCCUUGUCACAGUCCCUGCUCACCAAUGACCCAUGGCAGGCCCUGACCUCUGCGGAGGGGUCACUCCAGGCCACUUCUUCGUGUUUGCUGUAUGAACGGUCACCAUGCAGGAACACUCAUGGGUGGCUGGUAACACUCAGAACCCCACCUGCCUCCUUGGUGACAACCGGUGACGGGGUUGGGUGUGGCUGCUGACCUGCUGCUGAGAAUCUCUGGGCUGCGUGCUCUGCUGCUGGCCCCUUUGCUACAGCUCUCAAGCAGUCCGCCCGCCGGGCUGGCUGCUUUGUGACGUUUGCAACAUUAAAUGAGACACUGAGACAAAAUGUGUCACCUGGACGUCCCCACUGUGGCCCAGCUGCCUGAAAUGGGCCAGGCAACCCUUGGAAGAGCUCUACCACCCUCUCUGAGGCCACUCUUGGAGGCAGAGGCUAGAUCUUCAUGGGGCCUUAAAUGGAGCUGCCCCAGGUGACGUGGAAAGCCCUUCCUUCUCCUCCUGGAACGGAAGAUGGAGCAGGGGAGCUUCUACCCACAUCUCCACAUCUGUGGGUGCUCUGGAGAGUAAGUGUGGAAAACACCGUUUGUGACGCCAUUCCUAACGUCUACCACGUUAUACACUGGAAAUCGCUGCGACCCAGGCUGCCUUGUCUAAAUUCUCUCCUGGGGGAUCCUGCAAAGACAGGGCAGCUUAAGAAGUACCUUCCUGGUGCACACACCAAAGUGCUUGUGGAAACUGGUCUCCCCCAUCCAACUGUGGCUGUCACUGUCUGCACAGAACUGCACACUGGUGACAGGGACAUGCCUUUGUCAGAAAUGGCUCAGAACUGGCGGUCCUGUCAAACUGUUCUCCUGUUUGUCCACCUCCUCGGUGGGACUGAGGAGAGGACGAAGCACAGAGGCAGCCCAGGCCAUGCCCUGGCCCUACCCUAGUUUUGAUUCAAAUACAAAUUAAACCCUCGUGUAAACAGCCACAUGAAGCCCGGUGCUUCUCAUGCCCUGAGUUCCUGUGGGUCCCAGUAGCAGAUUCAGGGUCUAAGUUUCAGGUGACCAGCAGGGUGAUAGGCAGGCUGUGGAGAAGGGCAAGACACUUCCUAUAGCGGUAACUGGUUCCUCUAGUGUCCACAGAGCAGCCGUGGGGAAGCCUCACUCUGCAUCCAAGAACCUUUCCAAGCCCAAAUCUGGCAGAAUAGUCCACCUUUUUCAGCCCUGCCAGCCCUGAACUGUAGCUUGCAGAUGCCACCUGCCCCUGAAAAGUCAGUGCCAUUAUUCCAAACUGCUGUCAUUGUGGGCCUGGGGCGGGACUCCUGGGCUCAACUCAUCAGACCCCUAAGCCCUAGCUUGGAGCUGGAGGUCCAUAGCACUGCCUUCGGGACACGGGCCCUGCUCGAGUCCUCAGAUCCCUGAUGUGAAUAAUGGCUGGAUGCAGCUUGAGGCAAAGACCACCAAAGCCUUUUUCCUCUGUGCCCAGGGAAGGCAGGAACUGCUGGACCCAGAGGUCUAAGAGCCUAGGGUUGGGGCAGAAGGAUGUCAGUGGAACAACCCCGCCCUCCAGCCCCUGAAGCAGCUUCUGCAAGGCAGCCGCAUAGGGAGGAGCUGCCGACAUUUCCUGCUUUCCCAGGAAUGUAUGGUACUAUGGUUUCCAGUCGUGCAUUGCACCGUGUCCAGCAUUCUUUGCAAUAAAUACCUUAAAAAGAAAACAGUAA